AUGCUUUAUUUGAUUGAGAGGGCAAAGAAGUGCUUAGACUUUUCAGCAACCGUCUACAUCAUCCAUCUCUUUAUAUGCUUGAUAUAUGGGGGAUGGCCUUCUUCUCUGACAUGGUGGGUUGUGAACCUCACUGGACUUGCAGUGAUGGCAUUGCUAGGCGAAUACCUUUGCAUUAGGCGUGAACUACGAGAAAUCCCUAUUACCCGAUAUCAUCGACCAAGUAAGUUUAUUUUUUCUUGCAACAUAAGCUUGCUUUAUCAAAUACUACUGAGAAAUUUCUCCUUCUUUAAUCCUAGAGUCCCCAAGUUAUAG